UUGAUAUCACAAGAAUGGACGCGAUCAACUGGCAAACGUUUCAUUACACGCUUUGAAAUGUAAUUUCCUAUGGGCAUUUUUCACUUAUUUGAUUUCUUUAUCCCAGUCGGUGAAUAGGGACUCUGGAAAGACGCUGGCUUUGGCGAACUAAAGGCUACAAGAGGGAUUGUCCGACGAGAGUAAAUGAGAGGAGAGGGAAAAGAAGGGCCCGCCGUCGUAGCCGGAGAGCUUCGGGGAAAAGUGGGUAGCGCCGCCUGACGGACCGCCCGACGAACCGGGGAGCCGCCGUCAGGAAACCGCGGUGCCGAGAAACAGGUCUGCAAUAUCGGAGGGAGCGCCGCCAACAGCUCUCCAUAUGCCAUCACACACUGUGCGAUCCUUGUACACUGCGACUAUAAACACAUUGGGCACAACAGUUUGAAGUAAACUCACCAUAUCUAUUCUCACACAAACCCUUACAUGAUAUAGCUUUAACAAGUUAACACACAAUCACACCAGUAUCAGCAUGGCCGAGCAGCAAGAGGAUGCAGAUGGUGUGUAUGUGGAGCAUCAGUAUAUGUGCAGCGAGUGCCAUCAGCUCUUCAACACCCUUGAGGAGGUAUUGAUCCACCAGCAGAUCCACACUGGACAGGAGGUAGAAGGGGAGGUUGGGGAAGCCAUGACCAUCCACAGUAUCCACGAGAUGGGACAAACCCAGCAGUACCAGUGUCUGGAGUGUGGAGCCCUUCUAGUCAACCCAGAGGAGCUGCUGCAACACCAGGAGAUGCACAUGAGGGAGGCUGGGAUGGAGGUGGAGCAGCAAACGCUAUGUGAGGUUUCAGAAGCAGCAGAAGCAGCAUCAGAGGCUCAGGUGCCAGGGCCUGUCCAGUACCAGUGUUUGGACUGUCUGGCUCUGUUCGACUCCCCUGAUACCUGGCUGGAGCAUAGACACACCCACAGUCGGAGCAGUACACACAGCAACACAGAGACCAUGGAGUACGUGCUGCAGCCUGAUGGCACGGUCACUCCACUGAACAGUAUGCAGAAGUAUGUGCUGAGUGAACAACAGGCUGGAGAGAUCUUGGCACAGGUACUUGCUCAGCAGCAGCAACAACAGAAGAAGCGUCAGCCUGUCUCCAAACCUGCUACACCCUCUCGUUCCUCCCUACUGCCUCCAGUGACUCCUACCCCCGGAUCAGCCACCAUGCACCUGCAGAUCCUCACAGCUCAGGCUCUGGCUGACAACUCCAACACUCCCAGUCAGCGUCGCUCCAAGCUCCCCCCUCUGCUCCCCGCUGUGGGCCGACACUCUGCUACAAAGCUUGGGGUGCUGGAAAACGGUGUCCAGAGACUGGAGUUAAGGUUGGCCCCUGCUGUCCAGGGUGAUGGCCAGCAGCAGCAGCCAACAGAGGUGGUGGUUAUCCACCCAUAUGAGUGCUCUGAGUGCUCCCUUCUCUUCCAGACCCCAGAGGACUUCCUCCAGCACCAGGGGGAGCAUUUCCUGGCUCAGGACAAAGAGAGCGGUGAGCCAGGCGUCAUGGGGACCUUUGAAGAGGUGCGAGGGAGGGAGGAGACAAUGGAGAAGGCAGAGGACAUUCGAGUCAGAGUGGCAGAAAAAAGAGCCACGGUGUGGGCUAAACCACAGCAGUGUGAGCUCUGUAACCGCACCUUCACGUCAGUUAACCGGCUCACUGCUCACAAGCGAGUACAUGAGCAGGGGACACAUGAAUGUCCAGAGUGUGGCAAGGUGUUCAAGAAGGCAACUUCACUGCAGACACAUAUGCGCACACACUCUGGUGUAGCCAGGUACCUGUGUGUGGACUGUGGCAACGGUUUUACUACUGAGAUGACGCUCAUCAUGCACAGGAAGUCACACACUGCAGACCCUCUUCACAAGUGUCAAUUCUGCAAUAAAACCUUCACCAACAUGACCAAGUACCUCUACCACCGCAGAACCCACCUCAACCGUGACUCACCCGGCAUGUCUGUCCCUGUCUCUAUGGUCUCUGCUCAAACGAGAGCAUCUGUCUCUGCUCUCGCCAUCCUACAGAGAGCGAGAGAGAAGAAGAAUUCACUCACAGCUGAGGUAAACUUCAGCCUGUUGGCCCCUCUCACCGAGGAUGAGCUGGAAAAACUGGGAGAGGAUCCAGAACAGACCUCUCAGAGGAAAGAAGAAGUGGACAAGCAGGUUGAGGAGGAAAACAUGGAGAUGUCUGCUCCAUCUGAAGUCAACACUGAAGACCCCCAGCAGCUGGAGGAUACCACUACAUCUGCUUCAGCUACAGACUCGGCCUCUCUGGACAACACAGGUGAAGGAGUAUCUCCUGGCUCUGCAGAUGUGCCUCAGGUUGCGUCAUCAGACAAAGGGUCUUUUUCUUGUCGUUUGUGCUCUAAAACCUUCCCUUCCCAGCUUCAACUCGUCCACCAUAAAAGGAAGUCCCACGUCACGGAGCGCAACUUUGUUUGUGGCAUCUGUGGGAAGUCCUUCAAAAAGCAGAUCCAUGUACGCAACCACUUCCGUACCCACACUGGUGAGCGGCCUUUUCAGUGUUCUGACUGCGGGAAAACCUUCUCAUCCCUAGCUAAUUUGAUGAGGCACAAUCUCAUCCACUCUGGUGUGCGACCGUACCGCUGUGACGUCUGUCACCGCUCCUUUUCUCAGUCGUCCAACCUCCGUCAGCACAGCUUGCUGCACUCUAACGUUGCAGCUUUGAGCUGCCCCGACUGCCCUGCUACCUUCCGCUGGCCGACCAAGUUAGCAGCACAUCGCUACACCCAACAUCCAGGAGCGCCGCCUCCUUUCCCAUGUCCUCACUGUGAGGCUGGCUUCCUGACAAGAAGGCAGAGAGACAGCCACUGUCUGGGGCAACACCCCACACUGGUAGGCAAAGAGACAAGCAGCCAGUCAGAUCUGGGAAAAGAAGUGACCUCAGAGCCGUCCGCCUCAACCUCUAAGGAUGUUGAAUCAGGAGAUUCAGCCAGUGUCUUGCGAGGAGGUUUAGAUUGCAACAUCUGUUGGAAGAAGCUUAAUUCUCCUGCUAAUCUGCGACUACACAGACUGAGCCACUUCACUUUAGGACCUGGUCGACCUGGCUGUACAACAGGGAAGCGACCUAAAGCCCAUCAGUGUCCCACCUGUGGCAAAUUGUUUGUGUCCUCUUCAGGAGUUGCACUUCACCAACGAGUUCACACCGGGGAGCGACCCUUCCCCUGCCAAGUGUGCGGCAAGCGCUUCAGACAGAACACACACCUGCGGGAGCACCUGCGCACACACUCAGGUGAGCGGCCGUUCCGCUGUGAAAUGUGCGGUAAGGGUUUCAUCCAGAGUAUGCACCUGGCCGAACACCGCAGGACACACACAGGAGAGCGGCCGCACGUGUGUCCACAGUGCGGGAAAGCAUUCAAGACUUUCUCCAACCUGAGAAACCACAAGAAGACGCACGCCCGACAGCAGAGGCUCGAUGAAGAAGCUGCUGCUCAGGCUGCUGUACUCGGUGAGGCCGGCUCCACUGUGGCAGUGGUGGAUGCUUCAGCGGUGGAACUAGCCAACGGGCAGCCUCAGGUGAUCCAGAUCCAAGCCUCGGAACUUCAGCAGGCACAGGGUACUCCUACCAUCAUGUGUAAUGAGUUUGGGGAAACCAUUGCCAUCAUUGAAACCAGUGAGGGCGGAGCUCUGCCUCUGGAGCAGGCCUUGGAAAUCUACCACACAGCUUUGGAGAACGGACUCGCCAUGGACAAUCUGGAAGGACUGCAGAUCCUCUGAGGAACCUCACAGCAAAACCAGAUUUUUUUUUUGUUUGCGGAUUUGAUAAA